CCCUUCUUAUUAUGCUCUGUGACUAUUUCUGCUUUCGUGAGCAUUUGUGACGCGCUGAUCUUCUGUCGUACUGUUCUUUUAGCUAGUUAACGCUGGUGAAGUCACACGUGCGCAAGAAUGGGUUUCCAGAAUAUUUGGUACUCGCAUCCGCGAAAAUACGGCCAAGGUUCCAGAUCCUGCCGUGCCUGUGCAAACAAACAUGGACUUAUCCGCAAGUAUGGUUUGAAUAUCUGUCGACAAUGUUUCAGAGAAUAUGCAGCGGAUAUAGGUUUUAAGAAGCUGGACUAAAUAUGUUUAUAAGCAAUUCAAUUCAGUAGGAAUCUUUCAUCCUUGAUCCUACUUCUGAUGUAUAAAAGUGGACUAAAAUAAAGAAUGAUAUAAUAUUAAAUAUACAAUUGUAACAUCAUUUUUGCACUUUAUGUGCAAUAUCUUAAAUAUAUACUUUUGUCAUUA